AUGGCUGAAGAUCUAUCUAAAAGGAAGUACAAGCAUUGGCAAGAUGAAGGUGUCGAGAAGAUCCCGCCGGAUGAAGAGGAAGACAUAAAUGCUGUGGCAGAGCAGGUCAAUGGCAUGCAGAGAGCGCAAUUCAACAGCCAUCGCCACUGCUACACGGGAACACAUGCCCGGACUCAUGGCAUAGUGAAGGGCAGAUUGACUGUCAAAGACGACCUGCCUCCACAUCUCAAGCAAAGCAUGUUCGCUCACGCUGCGGAGUACCCGGCCGUGUGCAGGUACAGUAGCGAGCCUGGUGAUCCAGGCUUGGAUGACCGCAUACCUCAACCUCGCGGUUUCGCCAUCAAGAUCUUUCACAUUCCUGGCGAAAUGUUUGACUCGACCAAGACAGCUCAAGAUAUCGAAUUCAACUCCACGCCUGCAAUUGACCUCGCAGACGCAAAAACUACAAGAGAGAUACUUGACCUUCGCAUCAAGUACGGCAAUAACAAGCCUGAGCUCUACAAGCACCUAGAAGCUCGCAAGGACACGGAUCUGCAGAAAGGGCGCGAUCAGGUCCGCAAUACACACCUGGAGUCUACACGACAGUACUCGCAAACGGCAUACCGCUUCGGCGAUUAUGUCGCCAAAUACUGCCUCGUCCCUUCCACCGAAACACAGCGCAAGAUGUACGAAGAGACAGUGAAGCCAGACGAGCAUGAGUCGGACAUCCUAUCCCAAUGGCUCAUCAACUUCCACAACAACCACGAUGCGGAAUAUCUCUGGCAAUUCCAGCUCCUCGAGAACCUCGAUGACCAGCCAGUCGAAUAUGCAGGCAAAGUCUGGGACCCUGAGAAGUAUCCAUGGCAGACGGCCGCGACGCUCUUCGUGCCGAAGCAAGACCCAUUUAAUUACGAGCUGAAGAGCUUCUGGGAGGAUCACAUGCGUAUCGAUCCAUGGAUGGGUCUCAAGACAUUGCAGCCGCUGGGGGGCUCGAAUAGAUUGAGGAAGAAGGUCUACUACGCGAGUAGCAAGCUGAGGAGGGAGAUGAAUGGUAGGCGGGAAAUUGCGGUCCAUUCUAUUGACCAGAUUCCGUGA